AUGCCUACCAACCUCGAAAGCUCCGACGCCUUGCAAGAAGCCUUGAAAUCUGAAAAUUUAGUCGUCAUCAACUGCCAUGCCGUGUGGAACGGUCCCUCUAGGCUCUUCGCCCCAAAGUUUGUCCAUUUUGCAAGAGAAUACCCGCAAGUAGGCUUUUAUAUGCUCAACGUGGAUGAAGUUUCGAAUGUUGCUGCAGAACUCGGCGUCCGUGCUAUGCCAACCUUCUACUUUUUUAGAAAUGGCGAAAAGGUUGGCGAGGUUAUUGGGGCCAACCCUGCAGCUGUCAAGGCUGCUAUUGACAAGUAUCAUGCGUGA